UUGUACAUUUGCGCAAAGCACCACGUUUCUCUCACUGUCUCAUUCUAGCUAACUUGGUAACACUUUGGACGAGCACCCACCACUAAACCUGCCCCCACAGCCUCAAUUUGUCUCAAUAUUGUCCUGACUCCCUCCUGGCCUCACUUGUUGUACAGUACUGGAUUACUCAAAUCUGAGGCUGCAGAAGGAAGGGGCUUGUGGACGGCUUCGACCAGAAUGGUGAGGUGGUUCCACCCCAACAUCACCGGAAUCGAAGCAGAGCAGCUCCUGUUGACCAGGGGUGUCCACGGCAGUUUCCUGGCCCGGCCCAGCAAGAGCAAUCCGGGGGAUUUCACCCUUUCAGUCAGGCGCAACGAUGAGGUGACCCACAUCAAGAUCCAGAACUCCGGGGACUGCUAUGACCUGUACGGGGGCGAGAAGUUCGCCACGCUGGCCGAGCUGGUGCAGUACUACACCGAACAACAGGACCUGCUGCGCGAGAGGAACGGCCAUGUCAUCGAGCUCAAGUACCCGCUCAACUGCAAAGACCCCACGUCUGAGAGGUGGUACCACGGCCACCUCUCUGGCCGAGACGCUGAGAAACUGCUCACGGAAAAAGGCAAGGCCGGCAGCUUCCUGGUUCGAGAGAGCCAGAGCAAACCGGGCGACUUUGUCCUCUCGGUUCUCACCCACGAGGAGAAGCACGAGAACGUCGACCGCAAGACCAAAGUCACCCACGUGAUGAUCCGCUACCAGCAGGAUGGUAAAUAUGACGUAGGUGGUGGCGAGAGGUUCGACACCCUGGCAGAUCUGGUGGAUCACUACAAAAAGAACCCUAUGGUGGAGAAGAGCGGCAUCGUAGUGCACCUCAAACAGCCCUUCAAUGCCACAAGGAUAAAUGCAGCUAACAUUGAGAAUCGAGUACGAGAGCUCAACAAAGUAGCAGACAAUUCAGAGAAGCCCAAACAAGGAUUUUGGGAAGAAUUUGAGGUACUUCAACAACAAGAGUGCAAGCUGCUGUAUCCCCGGAAGGAAGGCAUGAAACCAGAAAACAAGAGUAAAAACAGAUACAAGAAUAUCCUCCCUUUUGACACGACUCGGGUUGAAAUUCGAGACGCAGAUCCAGAUGUUCCCGGUUCGGACUACAUCAACGCCAACUACAUUAGAGGCUCGCAGGAAGAGGGGCGCCAGGUGGACGACGACAAAUUCUUCAUCGCCACCCAAGGGUGCCUACAGAAUACUGUUAGUGACUUCUGGAAGAUGGUGCAUCAGGAGAACACACACGUCAUCGUCAUGACCACGAAGGAGAUGGAGAGAGGACGGAACAAAUGCGUCUGUUACUGGCCCAACCUUCACGCCACCGUGGAGUUUGGAAGGGUGCUGGUGAGAAAUGUGGACGAGCGACCGUCUCAGGACUACAUCCUUCGGAAGUUGGAGGUGACCCGUCUGGACCGGAGGGAGCCACUGAGGUACAUCUGGCAUUACCAAUACCUGAGUUGGCCAGACCACGGAGUUCCCAACGAGCCCGGAGGAGUCCUUUGGUUUCUCGAGGAGAUCAACCGGACCCAGAGGACCAUUCCAGAAUCUGGUCCCAUUGUCGUCCACUGCAGUGCCGGCAUUGGAAGGACGGGCACCAUUAUCGUCAUUGACAUCCUCAUUGAUAUUAUUAACCGCCAAGGCCUUGAUUGUGAUAUUGACAUCCCGAAGAUCAUCCAGAGGGUGCGGCAGCAGCGGUCCGGCAUGGUACAGACAGAGGCCCAGUACAAAUUCAUCUACAUGGCCGUGCAGCAGUACAUAGACACAGCCCAGAAAAGACUGGAAGAAGAGCAGAGGAGUAAAAUGAAGGAGAGAGAGUACUCCAACAUCAAAUAUCCUCCCAUGGCCAACUCGAGGUCUAAAGUCAACAUGGCGUCGUCACGCUCUUCGUCUGUAAUGACAAACGAUGAUUCUUCAAGUGUGUACGAGAACAUCAACUUUAAAAGCCCGCAGACGUCCUUCAGCAGUAACACGAGGAGGUAAAACCGGUGCUGCGGACCUCCACGUGUUUCUGCAAGCUUCUCUUGUGGUCCUACACUCGUUAGAUCAUAGCCAAUAAUCGUCAGGCAGAAAUGAUGAGAAGAUUCCUGAAUCAGAAGUAGCAAUCUCUGGACUUUGUUUGAAUUGCUGUCCUUGUUAAUCGUCAAGUCUGAUGCGCUUCAACAUCUGCCCCGGGAGAGAGGGUCACAAGGAGACGUGGGAAAAGGGACGGCGAUUACGGCGCACCAGAUGGCCAAGAUUGAAGAAUAGAUUUGUCUCCAAAAAGUAAUUUAGACAAGGGCUGUAAUCCAGGCUUGAUGGCGUACGGCCACAUCACUGAUGCGAUAAGGAGCCGUCGGAGCGCUGAACCCUGCGUGCCGUGAGAUAUUUUUAGCCUCUGCCGAAAUAUCCUGGUCAAAAACAAUUGCAACCAUGUUAGUGGGACGUGACCCGGCUUGUGUGAAAAGUCAUGAAGAGCUCAACGUCUGUCAAAGAGAGAGUCAAGCUAACAAGCUAAGGAUAAAUUCCUCGAAUUUGGAUCGACACCAAAUUAGACAGAUGCCCACCGUGUCUGGAUAUUCUCAUUAAAAUUCUGACUUAAUGACUAAGAAAAAGAAUUAGUGCUCAGGCCGUCCACAAGGUUUUUCUUCCAAAUGGUCAAGUCAUUUUGCAUAAUCCUAACUUUAAUGACUUGCUUGGCAGAGACCUCAACACUUGACUUCCAAACUCAAGAUCAAAAGAGAGCAGAAUUAGUUGGGUUUUUUUUUUUGUUUUUUGUACGUAUUUCCUAUAUUUUAAAAAUGUAAUCUGAACUCACUUUCUUGACAUGAAUAGAGGUAAAGUAGAAAACAUGUUUAUCUGUGUUGUAACAUUGAGCCAGCAAAUCCAAUACAUCCAAAUAAUACGAUAAAGCAGUUUUGCAAAGGCUCCCGUUUUACAUAACAAAAAUCUCUCGGCGCACCCCCGAGCAAAAAUGUCACAAUACAAUACUGAAUACUGAAAUAAGGAUGAUCCCGUCUCAAUUUUCUCACAAAUUGCCUUACUCGGUGAGCGAUCUGGGCCUGUUGAACACAAAACUGAUGACUCCUGUUGGAUAUAUGGCAACAGGUGGAUAUGCAGGUUAAUUGUACCUUCUCAUGGGAGAGCAUUGAAUUCUUCUGCCUGUCAUUAUACGGCACAGAUAGAUGCAAAAAAUAUAUAUUUGUAAUUGGUAAUAAAUAAUAGAAUUUCUGGAGAAAUGAAGUGAAAAUUGGAUUGCACACUAUUGUACCACAGCAUCCAGGUUGGCUUUUCACUGCGGCACUGUCAGUCCCUGUUGAUACACUUUAAGGGCCUGAUUUACUAAGAUCUCAAAUAGCAGGAGCAGGCUUGCGGGAUCUAUUAAUAUUGCGACGUACUUGGCAACAGGUGUAACACCGUCCUAUUUAAAUGAAGGUUUUGCGCGUUAGGUAGCUUUGACGGUUUUAGCAUGGAACAUAUUUAAGUGCACCGCAAGCGCCAAAUUGAAGUUUGAAAUGAUGGAAUUGGAAGUGUUAGUGGAAGAGGCAGACCAACCGUGGAUAUAGCGCUACAAUAUUUAUCACCCCUUUUGAUCCACACACAAUUUGCAUAUUGAAAGAACGUGUAUGUGCUUAGAAUUACAGCAUAAACUCCCUGUUUGAAAGGGGAAUAAGUCUCCUAUGAGUGCAUCUCUUCCACAGCAGUGUGCCGUGGGAUUAGAGCCAUUUUGUCCUCUUUUUCAAGCUUUCUUAGUUUUCUUACCGUCUUUCACUGUCUACCGGCCCAUCACGUUUGACGGGGUCCUUCACAUUUCUUACGUUCUGUCAAGGCUGUCGAUGGAAAACACGUGGAUGCCGCUAAUGCUAAUCCAUCUCUUGUACCAAAUGAUGCAAAAACGACAUAACACACACAUAGCACACUGCACAAUGAGCUUUUGUCGUGUUUUGUCCGUGGUGUGCUUAUAUGGCGCUGCUGUGGCUGCCGGGAACAUAAUGUAAAUUAAGGCGUAGAUCAUUCAGUAGCUCCAAAAUUGCAUUUUGUCUCGAUAAUUUUUGUUUUUGGCCUUUCAAAAACGUUCACAUGAAUGGAAAAAGAUCUAUGGUCUUAUUUUGCCGACGCGUCCUCCUCACAAUCACAGCAGUCAUUGUUAUACACAGCAGUGCAAAAUCAACCACCGCAAUUGUUCUCACAUUUUAUAAAUCACAUUGCGUGUGAUAAAUUGAUCUUUUUGCAUCUAUCUACUCCUCCCAAUAUUUUGUGCAUUUGGGUAGAAAUGCAGAAAAGGUCAUAUUCUACCAUGCAGGUGCACUCUCCCGUCCACUCAAAUCUGUCAUUUAUGCAUUCAUUCACCUCUGCGAUUGCAGAGCUUUCCUCUUCAAACAUUCUGCUGGCGGCUUGCAGUAUAUUUUAUUAUUAUGAUUAUUAUUUUUAUUUCAUAGUAAUGGCACAAUGGUGUGUUAUAUGUUAAAUAAUUUGUGUUUAUUUGAUCUAUGUUGGUUGUCAAAUAUGGUAAAGUUACUCUCCCGCAGUCUGUGGCAGAAGCUAGUUGCAGAACAUCGCUGAUAUAGAACAGCACGCACACCCGCUUUUAUAUUGAUGGACGUACAAACAUGUGUUCAAGUCAUAAGCACUUAUUCUGACUAAAUGACUUUUACUGCCUUUAUUUCAUACAGAAUAAAAUAAAAUAAACUCAUUGGCGACGAAACAUCCGCUAUGGAAAUUAUUUUCAUAUUUAAAGUGUGCAAUAUUUUCCAAAUUGAUUUCUAUGGCAUUCACAAGUCUCUAGAAAACUCCAGGCUCCAUGAUUUACAGCCAGCCUCAGACUUUGAUGACUCCCGCCUCUUAGGCGGUUGCGCACACAUUUCCCGGUUACCUGGGUGGGUGUGCCAGAAGUCUGAACGGUAGAAUGCACGAAGCUGUAACGUGCGCAAGCCAGGCGCGUUAAAACAACGACUCACACACGAACGGGAGAAUAGGACCCCAAAUUAAUUGCGUGGCUUUUUUGCCCAUUUGGCAGACCCAAUCCCGUGUGUGCCCGGUUAUUAAAUCAGCUUCUACUGUACAUCUGUUGGCAUGUAAAAUCGAGUUUGCACCCAUUUUUGUAUGAGCAAACCCUUGAUAAAUCAGGCCCUAAGUGUGAUCAAAUGAAGUGUCGAAGGUGGAGAAAAUAAUGAAUACUAUCUGACCCUAUGGUGCAGUCCCAUGAGAGCCUUAUUUUUAAAAUGAUCAAGUUGGUCGUGUGUGCUGCAUUCACAGUCACCUUGUCAUAUUUUGUUUGAAUAUUGUUUGAAUUUAUUUUCUACAUUUGCUACAUCCAUGGCAUUGCUACCUAGUGUCUGUUAGAAUAAAGUCCCUCCCCCUUUUCCCUCGAAACUGUGGGUUGUGUUCGUCGACUUAAUGGAGAAAUGGUUCGUUUUGUUGCUGUAUUUAUGAACUUUGUCACACUGUGGAUCCUUUUGCUUUGUUUCAUUUGUCUUUCACUUUGCCUCUUUCUUUAUGUUAUGUCGUAACAUCAAUACUUGAAAGCGUGAAACUGCUGAAUCUUGGACAAUUUAUUUAUUUUUUCUCAUUUUAAAAUGUUCAUGAUUUGAUUGUGUUUGUUUGCAUUUAUAUUAUUAUUAUUGUUGUUGUUGUUAAGUUACCUCUGGCUCUGAUUUGAACCAGUGUACAUGGAGGUUUGCAGUGUACUUCUCUCUGCUAGUCCUCUCACUAUUUACUUGAAGAUGUUUGUUUUGGUUACUUGUUCCUCUUAUAUGACUGAGGUGAGUCCUUUUUUUGUUCUUCUUGCACUGGCUUCUGCUCAGAUGCCUUCUCACUGUACAGGCCGCUACAUGCGGAUGCAAAAAUUUGCCAUUAGUGGCAACAAUCCGGUUUGUAACAAUAAACCUAUUGUACGUUA